AUGGAGGAUCUCGAGAAGCGCGUGGAAGAGCUUAACUCUCGCCAUUCAACUGAGUCAGUUUCUCUCGUCUUGGAAAAGAAAAUUGUUGCCCAGAUUGAUUUUCUCAACGGCAAGGGCCGCGACUUCAUCAACAGCAAGGAGGAAUCCUAUCAGGCGGAACGGGCAGCCAAGGAGCAGCGCGUCAUCUCCCGUAAGCGGCUCGACGAGGAGCGCAAUCAACUCGACACGCAAAUCGACGCGGCCAAGGGAAAGCUAGACAAACAGCGUCUGGUUGUUGACAAAAUCCGCGCGGAGCAGGACUCUAAGAUGAAGAAGCUUCAAGAAUCCACCCCGGAUGUCGAUCGUGACGCCGAGAAGAAGACGAUCAAUGAGUUGAAGUCUGUCGUACGUAAACUCCGUGACAACUUUCAGGACGAACUCGACAAGUGGUACCUCAACGAGCGUAUCCAUUUCGAGCAGCAGAAGAUUGCGAGGAAGAAGAAGGCAGAGGCUAUGCAAGCCGAGCGUGACCAGCGUCGAAAGGAGUGGGAGGCGGAACAGGCCCAAUACCCUGAGCCGGAUCCGUACCAGGAGGAGAAGGACAUGUGCGACGGCCUCAUCCUUUACACGCGAACUCUUCUUGGGGAGACUGUCGAAAAACCGUCUGUCAACCUUGCCCCAGGCAAGGGUCAGUCUGCUCCCACUCUGAAGACCACGACCAAUACCCGUGAGAUCACCGCCGAGGGCAAAGCGAUCGGCAAGUCCAGUUUCGCCAAAAACAGCGGGUUUGAUAACCUUCUUUUCAGCGACUUUGUGCAGAAGAGCGGAAAGAAGGGCAAAAAGGCUCGCAGGGCCGCUGCCCUAUCCGGAGACACAUCUGCAGAGGCGGGGGACACUCCUCUGAAGCCUCAUUCGAUCGAUUACAUCGCCGCGUUCGCCACCUUGGACAUUACACCCCCGAACAAGAUGGGCGAGGUGCGAGCUGCCCUUGAAGCCGUACUGGCCAAGAAGGCGUAUUACGACUCCAAACCGAAGCCGACGGACGAAGAAAAGGCCCAAAUGGCCGCUGAGAAGUCGAAGAAGCGAUCUGCGCCGGUUAGCGAGAAGAAACCAAAGUCGAAGGCUGUCGAUAUUAUGAAUGGAGACGCUACGGCAGCAUUCCCUGGGUUGGGAGCCGACAAGUCCACGGUGUCGCCGUCCCCCACUGCCCCUGUCGAAGUCACGCGCCCGACGGCCUGUUAUUCGGCUGCAGUCAAAGGUUCCGCACCAGCCCCUUCGCCCAUAGUGCCAGCGCAGAGUGAUCUCGCCCCACAGGUGGGCGCCUUGGAUGAAGUCGCAACGGAGGCCGUCAUGGAAAGCGGAGAGGCGACUGUUGCGAAUGAUGUCGGGAAGGAGGAUCUGUUGACUUCUGCCCCUGAUGCCUCGGUAACAAACGCGUAACCAGGAGGGGUUACGACCAGGGACCGCAGGUAUUGACUAUCAGCGCAGGUCAGUUGCGGAGGACUCUUGUUCUCAAGGUGCUAGGAAGGAAAGGAUCAACCUCGCACACUGGCGUCAGUUAGGUGGUCCGUGAUAUAUGACCACAGAGUGUCCGUUUCUGUUUCUGCAUUCAUUUCUGGUUGGAUUGCUUGUACUUAGUCCUUUGCAGACCGGUACUCUUGAUCUACCAUCUUUUUUAUCCCGUAGAUGUUUACUCUCUCGCUGGUACGAGCUCUUCACUUCGUCCUCCCUUUCCCUUUUUUUAGCACGGUGACAAAGUCACGUUUUUCAUUCACCCACCAAAGACUGAAGAUUCACUACUCAGUUCGUUGCAGUAGGUGUGACUUUGUACUCAAGACUGUGCAAACUGACUAUGCUAAUUUUCUGGAGCCAGAUGCAGUUACCGGGGGGGUUACGCAUUUGUCUUCUGGUUUAAAUGAGAUGAGAGUAAAGCACAACAUAGGACUCUUACUUAAGCAAAA